GUUUAUCUUGCAUGAAAGAGAAAAUAGCUUCUGCUCGGACUUGCUGUUGAAGCUGUGGAGUGAGCGUCAAUGGAGGGAUUGGAGUGCUGAAGUUAAACUUCCCGUGAAGGAUGUCUGUGGAGGUGGAGUCAUUGCUGCAGGAGGUGAAGGAGUGUAUAGAAGCAGCUCAGAACUACAGGAGUGAACUGCAGCAGAGACUACAGGGACUGAGCCAGGCACGCAAACAGGUGCGAGGAAGCUCCACUCACACUCGUGAGGUUUUGAAACGACACUUUCAGGAGCUCCAGACGACGCUGAGCCGUUUGCUAAAUGAGCGACUGAACGCACUCCUCCAAGAAGUGGACACCAUCGAGCAGGACAGCAUCAGUCCACUAGAUGACUGUCAGAAACUCAUUGAACAUGGCGUCAAAAUGGCUGAUGAGCUCCUGCGUGAAGGUGAAGCUGCGAUACGCUGUGGGAUCAGUGAUCGAGAGGACAAAUUGUGCAGCUUCGCUAAAAAAGCUCUUCACAUCCAACUGGACAGCCUCCCCGAGGUGCCGGCGCUGGUGGACGUGCCGUGUGUGUCGGCGCAGUUGGACGACUCGUUGUUGUGCGUGAUGCAGGACAGAGCGGCGCGUCACGGGAGUGUCUCGUCACACCCGCCUGUACAGAUCGAGGAGCUGGUUGAGAGAGCGGGCGGAGUGUUGGUGCGCUGGAGCAAGGUGGACGAGGACUUCUUCCCUCAGGAGUACAGACUGCAGUACAGACGCAGUAGCUCCACCCACUACGAAGACGCUUACAUCGGGAACGAGUGCGAGUUUCUGCUGCUACACCUGGACCCUCAUACGGAUUACCUGUUCCGAGUGUGUGCGCGCGGCGAAGGACGCACUGAAUGGAGCCCGUGGAGCGUCCCACAAACCGGAUACACAACGCUCACAGCGCACGAGUGGAGUGCUGGUGUGGACGGCUACAUUCUGAGCAGCAGGAGGAACAUGGCCCUGCGCAGUGACUCGUCUUCAUCAGGCUGCGCGUCCGUGCUUUACUCCAACUCUCCGUCAUACUUCUGCGGACAAACGCUCACCUUCAAGAUUACAGCGGCCGGGCAGAUGGAUAAGCGUGACAGUAUGGGUGUGUGCGUGGAUAAACGCAGUGAAUCAGAAUCUCUGCAGAGGGACCAGGCUGUCUGUAUCUCUACUAACGGUGCUGUGUUUGUUAACGGGAAAGAAAUGACCAAUCAGCUUCCAGCGGUCACCAUCGGCUCAGCUAUCACCUUCGACAUGGAGGUGGUCAACGUUUUUCCUGCGAACAACAACCCAAGCGACGUGAACAGCUUCAAGCUGCGGGUUACGAUUGGUUCGGGGAGUCGGGAGGUGGUUUUUGAUUGGCUGCUCGACCAAGUCAUGGACUGCCUCUUCUUCGGUUGUUCCUUCACACAGCCGGGGUGGAAAGUGCUGGUUUUCUGAUGCGCUUUUGUUCUAUUUGUAUCUUGUCAAAGCUGUUUACAGUGUUUCCUCACACACACACACACACACACACACACACACGUUUUGUCACAAAGUAGAGUUGUUUUUGUAUUACAGUCUAGCACUUAACUGCCAUGUUAAAUCUUGAACCCCUACUACUUUUUUUUAUUGCAACACCAAGCACAUUAACUUUUUUUUUUUAACCUUUUCUGGAGUGGGCUACUGGGUGAUGUAAAGGAAUCAAGUUUAACCGAGUUGUAAAGUUGAGUGGUUUAUCAAUACCAGGACUGUAAAGAAAAGUUCUUGCCCUGUUAACACAUGACUAAGGAAAUGUGCUGCAUAGUUGCCUUUAUCGUAAAUGCUAACAUCAUCUAGCUGUAAGAUUUAGCUAAAUGUUUUACAGAAAAGCUACAUCCACCACUAACCCUACCAUGGCAAGUUUGCUGAAGUUAUCAUAAGAUGCGAUUGUUGGCUCAGCUGACCAGAGCCUCCUUCCUGGGAGAUUUUGUGCCAUGACCUUGCCAUACUGGUCAGCUAUGACAUCACAUAUACACUACCGUUCAAAAGUUUGGGGUCACCCAGACAAUUUUGUGUUUUCCAUGAAAAGUCACACUUUUAUUUACCACCAUAAGUUGUAAAAUGAAUAGAAAAUACAGUCAAGACAUUCUUCUGGCCAUUUUGAGCAUUUAAUCGACCCCACAAAUGUGAUGCUCCAGAAACUCAAUCUGCUCAAAGGAAGGUCAGUUUUAUAGCUUCUCUAAAGAGCUCAACUGUUUUCAGCUGUGCUAACAUGAUUGUACAAGGGUUUUCUAAUCAUCCAUUAGCCUUCUGAGGCAAUGAGCAAACACAUUGUACCAUUAGAACACUGGAGUGAGAGUUGCUGGAAAUGGGCCUCUAUACACCUAUGGAGAUAUUGCACCGAAAACCAGACAUUUGCAGCUAGAAUAGUCAUUUACCACAUUAGCAAUGUAUAGAGUGGAUUUCUGAUUAGUUUAAAGUGAUCUUCAUGGAAAAGAACAGUGCUUUUCUUUCAAAAAUAAGGACAUUUCAAAGUGACCCAAAACUUUUGAACGGUAGUGUAUACUAUAUCACUCCCAGGGCUACCUACACUGUUUUUACACAAAAGGUCCCAUACAAUCAACAAGCACAGGUCAGAGGUCGACAUCACCCAGGCUCAGCGAAAGGAAAGCGGUCUGUAUACGCCUUAUGUUUAUCCAACGAUGACAAUUUUGACCAGGAACGCUCAUUCAGAGGUUAAAAGAAAUCCAAGACACAAUUUAUUAAGAAACCGUCCUGAAGAGAAGUACGACUAAUAAAAAGAAUAAUGACCUGAUAUUAUUAUCCAAAUAAGAUUUCAAAGGUUAAAUGAAUUAUUUUCAACUAUUAGGGUGUGUGCCUGAAAAGAGUACGUCAACGUUUGCACUGUUCUCUUAGUAACAGGUGUGUUUGAGGUUUUUCUAGAUUUGGGGGGGAAAAAAAAAAAAAAAAGUGUUGAUGUGCAGACUUGAAUUGCACAGCAUGCUGGUUUACCACAUGAACUCAGAUACAGAUCUGAGAGGUUGCUUCCUUUUCUUUCUCUCUCUCUAAUGAGCUUCUGAAGUAAUGAGGAUUUUCCUCCCCAUGCGAUUGCUGGUUUACGGUUAUUUAGCACAAGUUCUAAAAAGUCUCUUAGAACAACUCUAAGUUCUUUAGCACAAGAUCCAAGAACACUUAACGUUGCUGAGAUUCCAAUCGAAAACGAGCUUAUAGAUUUCCCUACGCCGCCAUCUUGAAACCGGCAUGUCUGAUUUCGCCCGUAUGUUCGUCACCAAUCCUCCCUCCAAAUUAUUUAAACACAGCACGUACCCCAACACCGUACACUGCUACAGCAGAAAUGCUAGCUUCCAGUCCCUAAGCAAUCAUAAUAAACCCCUUCCUACAUCAAGAGGAGUAUUUUUUUUUUCCGAUUAUCGUGAUCAUAAUCCAGAGUUGUGCCAAGAGAGUUUAGAACUUGUGCUAAAAGACUUUUGUGCAAAAUAACCGGAUACCCGAUUGCUAAUCUCUGGGAUCGGGAUUGAAAUGAAACUGAUGCAAAGCAAAUAUGAAUGUCAUGUUGCUUUCAACUGUUAAUCUGUAUCUUACUACUUAAAACAUAGGGCAAAGUUGUACACCGUAAUACGUACAUACCAUUUUAAACAAACCUUAAUUUUGAUUACAAACUUUUUUUUUUUUAAAUGAGAAAUAGUUACUUGUACAUCUUGAUUGAUGGUCGUUGCUCCUCUAAAUUCUUACAUUUCGCAAAAGAAAGGGGGCAACAAAUUGUCCUGACCACUUACUACAGCGACCUACUGUCCAAAAAUGAAAUGACAAAACUUAAAUUACAAGCUUGCUAACUCGCUAGCUGAGAAAAGCAGUGCGAUUUCAUUAGCUGUCUUUUAUAGAAUGAGGAGUCAAGAGAAUAAAACCCAAUUUGAACACACACCAACACUACUCAGCGAGUCAGUAUUGGGAGAACAAAACAUUUCAGUUAUAAAAAGGUACUUAGAUAUUCUAAUACUAUUGAACAUGUAACCAGACACGUCGCACCACUUCUCAAACUGUGAUGGUUCAGUGAAUUUUUAUCUUCUUUGUACCUCAUUUGUGUGUGUGCCUUCUGAAAACGCCUGUUAGAGCACAGCAGAAUAUUUGCCAAUAAUUAAUAAACAAUUUCAAAUCUA